AUGAAACAACUAUCGACUAUAUGGUUUGCGUUCUUUUUAGCGCUUAACGUCUUGUCGCAGUUAACCAAUGGAUACAAGCCGAACAACAGCUUUAAGAAAAACACAGCAAAAAAGCGAUUGGAAAAGAGAGAAACGCACUCGUUACACGAAAAUGGAGCGGAUGGAUGGAAUAACGCAGUUAUUACUGGACUAACUAAUAGAUCAGUCUAUGAAGCCAAAAUCAUCCAGAAAAACAAAGAAAAUAGUGAUGAUUAUCAGCCCUCCAAAAAUGCUUCUUUUGCUUUUAAUGAUCGGAAUAGAAGACCUCGGAAUCUGCUUCAUAAGAAAUUCAUAGACGGUUUCAAUAAGGUGAUUAGUAAACGUCUCAAAGAAAAGCCACGCCAGGAAAUUGAGAUUCUCGAAGACAAUCAAUACACUCCAAGGCAAGAUGGGUUCGAAAGCCCGCAUUAUGAAGAUAUCAUUGGAAAUGAUUAUUCCGAAAGAAGUGAUAACAAUGACAACAGCUAUGUCACUGUUAUUGACAACCUAGAUGGAAAACUAGAUACUGACCCAUACAGCACCCUAACCUCAGACGCUGCCAAGAGUGAAUACACAAACGUGGAAAACAGUAUGCACGAGGGGGAAAACGAAGAAUCGCAAAUGGUAAGUGAAGAGGUAAAGAACUUAAUGGGUGCGCUGAUAAAGUCGGAUUCCAGGAUCAACCAAGUUGUGGCAGGUGAGAAACAACCCCUUCAAGAAAGUGAAAGACUAUCAUACCAACCAAUUGGCUCGACUGCCACCAAGGUAGUGACCAUUAUGAAUAACAAUAAAGGAGAGUUUAAUAAGAGUCAAAACCACCCAAUCGGGCCUCCUGCAGAUGUAACAAUCAUUGAGGACCAGGAAGAUAUAACUGGAGACAGCUAUUCACAUCCAGUUCUAAGUAAGGCCGCAUGGAAAACCAUACUGCAAGCUGAAAAAAACUUGACCGACCAAGAUGAAUUGCAUAAACAGCAAGGUCAGCACGUACCUGAGAAUUCACAAGGCAGAAUUUCUGAAAAUAAAACUCAACUGCCAGCCUAUUUACUUUUGCCAGGGAACGCACCGCAAAACAAUCAUGCAAGUGGUCACUUUGCUGAUCUAGAAAGCUCUCUUAAGAUGUUUGCUGGUUCAAAAAACCAAUCGGGAUCGUAUGAUAAUAUUAAGGGAAUGACCGUUGAUGUUCAAAGAAAUAGCAGUGGAAAGACUCUGCUUGUAAGCGGUGAAGCGGAAGAAGUUUCCAAAGGCUACUCCAAUCAUACACAAAUGGACCAUUCUUUUUCGUAUUUGCAAAAUGCCAAUAACAGCACCACCUCAAACCUCGCUGCAAAUAGUUUCAGUUACUACUACAAACCCGGUAAAAUACAAACUCAAACGGACAAAAGUGGUGGUAAUUACUCGCAUGUCAAGCCAACGUUAUUUGAACCACUUUUCAAGAACGAUUCUGGUCAAAUACUAAGUUCUCAAGAGCAUGCACCUUAUGAUACUGGUCACAAAAACGCCACAAGCUAUCAGAGGCCAGGAAUGUUAGUGGACGUCGACAAUAAAGGAGGACCCAUGAAAGGAGGAAAACCAACAAAUAAUGUGGUCGAUGGUAAGGAUCUAACAAAUGCUCAGACUGCCAAUAAUGAUGCACAAGAAGGAGAAAUUGUCGUUCCCAAUGGUCCUUAUUUGACAACUGGGGAUUCCUCACCUCUCAGUAGUGGCGCCCGUAUAUUGCAAAUUCCAAACCAGGUUAGACCUGGUGAAGUUAAAAUAGUAUAUGUUAGGCCAAUAAACCAAGAAAAUCCCAGAAAAAUCUGGCAAGAGAACGACAAAAUGGAUUCCUUCCAGAACAACGGUGUCACGGGGAAGCCAGGUAACUCUAAUACUUUUCGAAAUCACGGAUACAAUUUCAGUACAACUAAUGGCCUUCACAAGCAAAAGAACCGUGAGACGGACGUCGGCGUGCCUCUGAAUCAGGAACAAGGCGCUUUGGCAGGAGGGUCGAAUGCAAGCGCUCAGAUGAUGUAUGACAACAGGAGACCUGGCCAGGAAAAGACUAUAGGCAUUGAUAGUAAGUCAAAUGGACAGGUUUUCAUUGCAUCAAACAGCAAUUCACAAAAUCGUCAAGAGAGAAUUGGUUUCCAGCCCCAGGAAAAUAAGCUUGCAGAUACCAGUUAUCCGAGUUUUCAAAGCUGGUCCGAAGAAUAUCAUAAACUGGUUGAAAAACUCAAAGUGUUAUACAGAAAGACUCACGGGAGCCCCUUGCAAGCCCCUGAAGCCAAGAGCCAAGACAGUAACCAUGAAACAACCGAUGUUGAACAAAUGAUGAGAGAAGUUUCCAGAUUUCACAGUUUAUAUGUUGGGCAAAACAACAAGCAAAAGGUAAACUCAAAUUUAGGUGAAGCGAAAGGGCCGUUUUUUAGCGGAAUCAAGGGUGACCAGGGUGGAAUUAUCAGAAACACAGAAAUGGUGAAUCCUUUAGAAUACUCCCCUUUUAUGUCCAACAGGAACUAUGAAAAUAGAAGGGAUGCUUCCACUCCUGAAAGAGUUGGCGCAAAUUUCUUUCAUUUGACGAAAGACGUUACAGGUCAAGUCAGGAGUAUCGAAGAGCCAAUUAACCCUUUAGUCAGUGAAACAAAUGGCAGCGAUUCGUCUCAAAGGGGCGGUUUCUUGAAUGACACUAUGAGUGCGAAUAACAGUAGACAACCGAAUGGGGCAUCAAACCUGACGCCGGUUAACCAACGAUUGGCUUCAAGUGGACAAAAUGUAAAUGGUACUAAACUUGGUGACACUUCAGAUAGAGCAGCGUCUGCAGAUAAUGGCCAGUCGUCCCAUCAAGUGUUAAUGACUUACUUUGGGAACGAAACUGUUCUUCGCAAGCAGCUCCAUAACAUUACUGAUAUUCUUCGAAUGAAUGGAUUUACAGUGGGUCGAGCGACAGAGAGCAACGCAUCAAAAGAAGUGACAAUUGAUAACGGUACAAGUACUCCAGAGUCCAAAGGAGGCCAAGAGUUCAAGGUAGUCAGUAAUGGAAGAAAUGAUACUGGGAAUCUCACAAAUGAUUUGACCCUACCAUGGCCAUCACAAGUAAAAAAUGUUUCCAAAGAAGAGGAAGAAGGUUCCUUGGCUAAAUAUAUAGAGGAUUUUAUUUCCAUGCUCAGUCCUAAUAACGGAACGACCACUUGGAAUUCUAAUGGAACCAGAGAAGGUUCAUCCAACACAACUCAAACAGACCCUGCCACUUCUUCAGACACCUUAAAGAAAGAGAAUGUGACGGAUUUUAACAACCGAGUUAUCAUAGUGGUAUCCCCUAAGUCCUUGAAAGACUUGAUGAGAAAUCGCAGCCACAGCUCUUCAAUGCUAGUUGUCAACAAAAUACUUCCACACAAGCCUGAUGAGGUAGAAAAUUCUACAGCGAACGUUAAAGCAAAAGGAAUGAAUACAGCGAUGGACGCUCAAGAACACGCAAAAAGUUUACACAACAAUCAAAGUUACGACGAAAGCACAAAACUUGAUGACCGUAAGGGUACCUCUGGAGAAGAAAAGGUCGAAUCAGAAGGUAAAGAAGCCGAUUUGAAGCUGUUUUAUUUGGAAGAGCUUAAAUCCCUGGAGGUAUCAUUCUCUCAAGACUUUAUGAGUAACUGGAUUUACAAUCAAAGAUCGUUGGACGAAAUGGGAAUUUCUCCCAGCAUGCUGCGAUCAGGAAUAGCUAAUCUUGGUUCACCUAAAAGGCUUAAGAGAGUCUUUAAAAGGGCCCUGGCUGGCGAUGAUAUUCAUGUACUUGUAGUAGGUGGGUCUAUAUCGGCCGGCGGUGGUAUUGAAAAGGACCACGGGAAUGUGGAAGGUGUCUAUCACAAAGCCUUAAGUAACUGGUGGAAUAACACCGUGACAUCCAUUACGGCAUCCAAGCUGAAGAUUGACGCUAUCGCUAUCGGAGGAACAGAUUCUGAAUACUUCUCUUAUUGCGUUAAGAACUACAUGAGAACCCUGCCAGAUAUUGUAAUCUGGGAGCUUGCAGCUAAUGACUACCAACGCUACAAGGGAAGGAGUUUUGCACCAGCAAAACCACUGGAGCAGUUGACCAGGAUUAUAUUAAGCCUACCAUCCCAUCCGGCUUUGAUUCUUGCCAACUUUUUUCGAGGUAACUACUAUAGGACAGCUGUGGGUCAAGACUGUCCUGAUUCAGAAGAUGAGGGGGGUAUAACAAUAGCGCAAUACUACAAACUCACAUCGCUCAGUUGGAGAAAUGUCAUAUGUUCGUCGAUAGCUGACCAGGAAAUGGACCUUAAAAAGCUCUUUAGUUCGGACGGGUAUCACCCAAGUCUCCUUGGGCACGCACAAAUGUCUACGCUCUUGAUCUCAUAUUUGAAAGGAGUCUUUGAACAAACUAUCUCACAGGAGGUGAUACUUUCAAGAAAUCACACCCUGCAAAGUCACCAAAAAGAUGAAGAACAAACGACUCUGCCCAAACCAAUAUUUGAUGAUCCUGAAAUUCCCAAACCUUUUUGCUGGACGCUUCUUACACCAGACUACAACAAAAAGCUACGAAAUACCCUCCCCGAUCUGGAGUUUACUGAAGCAACGGGAUUUCAAUUUGCGAAUGUUAGUCAUUGGCCUAUCCGUCGGGAUCGUUUGAGAUGCUUAAAAGCCAUACAGGCUGGAGCAAUGUUGAAAAUGAAGUUCGUUGUUCCAUUGCACAAUGAACUGGACGACUCAGAGGAUAGCUCGGAGAGGGAAUUGGCAAUUACAACGCAUAACUCUUUUGGUGGGAUGGGAGCAAUUUGGGUAGACGGAAACCGCCAGUCAGCCAAAGUGAUAAAGGAGGAAGGUGGACAAAGAAGGACCCAGGUUGAUGUUCUGACGAGAACCCUAGCUCCGGGUGCCCACACGGUGACAGUAUCUGCAUUAGAGCCAGGAUUCUGCCUCUCUGCUGUUGCCGUGUUGUAAAUAUGGACAAGAGAACAAUAUGUAAAUAUGUAAAUGCCUUUAAUCCGUUACUAUGAUUAAUUUAGGCCUAAAGCGUUUUUUAAAAUCUUUUUUGCACUAGAGUUUUUUUCUCAAGUUUAUGACAACAGCGGGGAGACGUUGUGCCUUAUUAUCCCUCUAUUAUGAAUAAUUAUUAGAAUUUUUUAAACAACUAAAUCAAGGUUACAAAGAUAGUUAUUUACUCAGUUAUUUUCCGUUAACCUAGUUCACAUUGGAUAAAGCGUUGUCACAAGUCUCGGUGGCCAUAUUGGUGUCCCAAAACAAAGAAACUGCGGCCAUGUUGGUGUUCCAAUCCAAUCCUGUGAGAGUUGAACUCUUUUGUAAUGUAAAGUAAAAGCUUUCUUUCGUUCCAAGAAAUUUGCAUAAACGCCGGCCACGUGACUGAAAACACAAUUGGGCAAAUUCCGUUCGGCCAAUUAUUUGGGCAGAUAACUCGAAAUAGCAUACCUGAGGUUAAUUAAGGUGUUCUCAUCUUCAAUCCCAUUCGCCAGUUCAGAAAACUAGUCAGGAAAGAGUUUCAAUUAUUGAAAUGGUAACAAGGACCGCGGCUUGGUGGUUUCUCGGCUAGAAAAUGUCGUAUUGCGUUUUAGAAUAAGGUCUGACCGGUCGUCCAUUUUUUGUUAGCCUGCAUAGCAGAUAAGUGUUUUUAGGGCGAAGGAGGAAAUCUCAGGACGCGCGAGGGGAGGAAAAAAGAAGAGCCUCCUCUUCCCCCUCGCGUAUUUCCCUCGCGCGACCUGUAAUCAACCUCGUUCCCAGGGUUAUCUCCUACCCCUCGGAACGAGGUUGACAUGUAUCAUUUACCGGCGCAGGCUAGUUUUUUGUUCGGUUAAGGAUGAUCGUUUUUUUUUAAACAGUCUUCGGAAGAUUCAUUUUGUCAAAUUUUUGACCUAUCAUUUAUUUGCAAAUUAGGAGGACCGUUUUAUAUAAAAUUUUAUGUCUAUUAGUAUUCUUUAUAUAAAAUGUUUAUCCUAUUCAGCAUUCCAUUGUUUCAAUCAUUCAACCCCGUAUUUCCCUUGAGGCUGAGUUUUAACUUGUGUAAAGGUCCUUACAAGUGAUUUCAUCCGUGAAGUCAAUUGGACAAUAUGCCUAAUUAAUAAUUGUGAGUUUUUGAAGGUGAAAUAAAGAACAGAAAAAGGUUGGACUCAAACUUCACAUUAAUGCGACUCAGCGCACUCGUCAUUUGUCAGAACUGGCAGGUCACACCAGUCCGGUCUCAAAGAGGAUUCCACUACUUAUCAAAAUUGUCCUGAGCCAAGUCAGUCUAUUCCUUAUUAGUAAAAUCCAACUACUGGUCUAUUAUCAAUGCUGCGUUCUGAUUGGUUGAGCUACUACUAGGCUAUAUGUUAUAGCCCCCUAGUAGCGAAAAGCGCGGGCUUUUUGGCGGCAAAAAGGGAUUAAAGUCUAGCUUUAACUAGCUAAAAUUUUUUUAUUCUCGAUAUUUUUAACCAACUAGUUGGAUUUUACUAAAACAAUUAUUCCUCUCGCCCUCAUGGCCUCUUCGAGAAAAGCAUUAGAAAAGCAUUAGUUAGAUUUAGAAUAAGUAGUCAUCAACUUAGAAUUGAAACAGGUAGAUACGAAAACAUUCCUCGCAAUGAAAGGAUAUGUCACUUUUGUACAAGUAACAAAAUCGAAGAUGAAAAUCAUUUCUUACUAGAUUGUAAGGCUUAUUCUCAGAUCAGAGACAUAUUUUUCUUCAAACUAGAAACUAAAAUACCUGACUUCAAAUCACUUUCACACGAUACUUUAAUAUCUCUUCUUAUGAAUUCUUCUGAUUAUUUAAUUAACUGUCAAUUAGUUUCAUUUAUCUCUCAAUGCUUUGAAUUAAGAACCAAAUUAAUAUCAAUGAAUGAAUGAAUGAGAACUGUAACGUUUUGUAAUGUUUUGCACGUACUAAUUAGUUGAAUUAGUACUUAGAUUUAGACUAAUAGCUUUUGCAAUACUGUAAUUUCUUUAUGGUCAUGCAAAAAAAACAUUUGGUGUUGUUGUUGUUGAGUCAAUAGCCCAUUUUGCCUUCGGCCUCAUGGGCUUUUGACUCAGAGCCUAUUCGGGCUCGAGGAAUAAUUGUUAAUUAGUGUGCACUGCAUGCAUAGUGACGGGUGUUAACUUCAAGUGAAAACCCCAGAAAAUAGCCUGUUUCAUGUUCAAAACAAGACCCUCAUAUAAUGGGGGUUGAUUGGGCUAAGACUGGGACAUUUUCACAACUCACCCCCUCCCUCCAAUCUCUCUUCCCUCAAAAUAUAGCAUGACAGUACUGACAUGACUAAUUUGAUCUAGUCGGAAAUUCCAAAAAUUAUUGUUGCGCUGCGCUUACUUGAAAAUGUGAGAGGGUCAAUUUUGAUGUUUUAAAUACUGUUUAUAUAACAGUAAUUUUUCUUUUCCUCAAAACUCGCAAAGCAAUUGAAGUUCAGUUUUAUUUCUGUCAGAUAUUGCAUUUAAAGCCCAGCUGCUAACUAUCCCAGUGAAUAUGUUUCAAUAUGACAGGGAGAUCUACGAAUAGCAUAUUCCUUUCUUGAACGAAAAGACUUUUCUUCACACGCAGGGAGAGAAUUGCAACAAGUUAAAGCUUUUCACGUGGGGACCGUUGGAGGACAUUGUUUUCUCAGCUCCCACACAAACUAACAACAUCAUCGACUACUGUAUUUAGAAAAUCGUUCAGCGUAAAUAUGGGGCUAAAAACGCCACGCAAUAACUUUGUGUUCGUUCCAAAUCGACUUCCAAAUCUGUUCGCCAGACGACUUAAAAUGACCCGGCCGCUCCGGCAAAAAUCGGCUUCAUUGAAGGGAGACUCGCAAAGCCUUCUGGGAAUUCCGUCCGCCAUUUUGUCUUUUUUUGACAUAGACGGAAGGAAGGUAUUUCUUAAUUGAGCGUUGCCCUCAUGAGCAGCCCUAUAAUUACCGUCCAGCUUGCCAGUUCUGACUUUUGUAAAAGCGCCCCAGCUUUGUUUAAUCGGAACGUUUCAAAUUCGCGUUCAUUGCAUGAAGUGUUUAAAAUAUUCCUACAGUGGGGUAAAAGGUAGGGAAAUAUUGGCAGGAAACUUGAGCACCGCAUUGCACCAGAGUGAAAAACCAUCAUUCGCGUUCUGAUUGAACGAAUUAAGGACGUCUUCACAAGUGAACAUCCUUCGCGCCUGUGUUUGGUCAGAACUCGUUUCCGUACGUACAAAAUUUACGAAACGGCUUUUCACUAAGUGUAUGUAAGUUUUACAAUAACUAAGCGAUUUCUAGUGCACUGAUUGGUCUAGAGCUGGAUUAAUAGGAGUAUAUACCGCGGAAAUAGCGUAAUAAAGCGCAACUUGUUUUUCUUUGUCUCUCCUCUAGCAAUUUCUCAGGAGGAAACUUCACCGAAAACUGAUUGUGAAAAUGGACAAAUACACAAAAAUCCUUAAGACUUAGCAGUGAAACCACUCGCCUGCGGCUCGUCGUUCUCCUUGACAUUUAAUGUGUACAUAUAUAAUAAACGCUCAAAAAAAUGAGUACUGUGCUCGGUCAAAAGCGCAAUAUCAAGUGUUCAUCUGUUUCUGCAACAUGCUAAUCGUGAACUUUUCCCGCACAUAAAGUUAAUUCCACAAAGCAAGUGUUUUUCGUCUGAGAAAUUAUUUUAAAAAGUUAGCAUAUUAUAGAAAUAUAUAAUCGUUCACCGCUGGUUUUCGGAAUAUGAGAACUCUUUUCGAGCAAAAGUCAUGGUGUAAGAUAUUUAUUUGAAUAAUGCAGAAAUUAUUAUAAUGGUAGGAAGUCUAUCAAAAGAUAUAUUGCAAUCAACCGAGCAAAAUGAAGUUUAAAUUUUUGCUUGAAAGAUUUAUGAGAGAUUUUUGUCAUCCAUGUCUUCCGGUGUUAAUAUGAAGGAACUUUCCAUCAAAUAAAUAAAAUUAAAAAAAACCACUAGGUACAUGGCCAAAACAGGCAACAGAUGAUUAAUGUAAAGCGGUUUGCCAAAAUUAGUGCUCGGUAGCUUACUAAUGGAAAGCCAAUUUAGUUGCAGAAUAAAUGUUCCUGCUGGGUGUAAGUCGCCGGUUGUCUGAAUAAAAUAUUCGUCCCUGGCGUAAGUUUUUUCCUUAUUCGUUAGUUUAGCACAUGGAAACUUUACAUAUUUCGAUCGUUUUUUUUAAUACCAAUAGCUUUGCCGUAACGCUAAAAGAAGUGUUAAAUGAAAGUCUAAUUCGGGCAGGUGUAUUUAAGAUAUUGGUACGCCGCAUUUAGUAGAGGGCAUUUGAGAAAAACAGAACUUAGAGGAUAAUGUCCGGAUACCAGUAAUUGAAACUUUAAAACACGUUAACCAAUCAAAAGAGCAAAACUUCUUAAAUUAGCCUCCAGAGUGAUCAGGAGAAGAUUUUCCAGAAUUAUACAACCUUAAGUCUGUCUGGCGACGAAAGCCACUUCCCAACAACUGGAAUAUUUUAUGAGACUUUGUUCGCGUACGGAAAAUAAAAAAGAGUUUUUGCCGACCAGUAAAUAAAAAACUCCCCAUUUCCAUAUCGAUGCGGCAAACAUAGUGCCCUGCGAAGUUUAAAAUUCCGGAGGUCCUAUCCUCGCAGGAUCGUUCCAGGAUAGCUCUGUAAAACUCAUAACAUUGCAAACACGCAGUUUCUACCUACAAACAACAUCCCCUAAUUUCAGCUGCGCGUAUGCCAUCGAACCAGGUGAUAAUUCGCAGUGAUAGGUGCUUUGAAAUUCAAAUUGGGUCAGUCUAUAUGCGUGCGUAAGCCGCUUCAAAAACUGUUUAAUAAAUACACAGCAAUUGAGAAAACAGCUAUUUAAGUGGAGGUAAAUUAAAAUUUUGAACAAUGAAUCUAACUAUCCCCUCCGAUGGCCAUCUUUAAUUUGAGAAGAAGCAAACGUUAGCAGUUGCGACUUUUCAACUGGAAGAGCUGUGUGAAGUCCUAGUCAAAACGUGAAUAAACAAGAAUCGAAGAGGACUUAUGCUAUAAGGUAUGUGAUCGCAUUUCAGUAUUAUAGUCAGUUGUAUAUCGAACUUCGGUGACAAGAGAAAGAGAUGUCGGGAGAGAAACGGAAAUUUAAACUUUUUCAACAUCAAAUGUAGCUGCCUAUGGCCGCACCUGUUUUAAGACUCAAGCGAUAAACAUGUGAACUUUCACGGCUUUUUCGUUCUCAUACUUACCUAAAAAGGUCUGGCCAUUAAAAAUAACGAUUAGGAGCGAAAAAAUAUGAAAGAUAGGAAAAGAAUAUUGUGAGCGAUUAAUGUUUGGGCGCGUACUUAGGUAAGCGCAAUCUAGUACAUCAUCUAGCCAGUAACAGUAAAAGUUUGAAACGAUGAAGGGACCUCUAGGAAUUCGAAAUAAGGAAACUGAAACAUUCGAGGCCCAGGUUUUGGCGGUCGAAUAAAAACUGCUGCCUGAAAUUUGCCUUUACUUUUGUUGGGUAGCACUGGUGAUCCGAAACUCUUAGCAGAAUUACCUGCAUGAGACAUUUUCAAAAGAACUUUUAUCGUGAACAUUGUACUCACUAAAUGUGUUAUAAUUAUACUUUUGGAAACCAAUAUUCGUGAACACAAGAUAACGUCACGCGCAUGUCAAUACCCAAGUAUCUUUACAAUAAAUUUAAAAUAUUCACAGACAGCUAAGAGAAAUAAUGCGCUUGCCACUUAAUGUAGCAAUGAGGACUUUCUUUGUAAAAUUUUCAGCGCGCUCCGGAUUGAAUCCAUGGAUAACUGCCAGCUAUACUGAACUGGUCGUAACACUUUAAAACCUUGUUAAUGCUGCCAUAACUGUCGCCAUUUAUGCAACCUAAACUAACAUGAAAAACCCGAUGAAGAACUUAUUAAUAAAGCCUUCCACGGUUUUUUCAACUUUUAACGUGGGGACAAGUUAGAGAAAAGUCGUCAACUCCGCUAGAAGGAGAGUCUUUAAAUAAGUAAAAUUGCCAAGUUUGAACGUAAUUUGUUGAAAGCUAACGAAGAUCUAGUUCCUCAAAGUCCUUACACACGUUUGUGUGGUGUUGGCCCGGGGGGUAGCCUGCGUGCAGACGAUAACUAAACUCUGAUUAGUACCGUCUGCGAAGCAGCGCAGAGAUCCUUGUUCUGGACCGCCAACGGACUCAACGAAUUACCGGAAGUGCGUUUCGAAUUCUCCUUCAACCUGAUUGGCGAUCACGACAAACAAAACAAAGGCCUUUUUUAACUGGCCAAUCGUGGCGCGUACUCAAAUCUGGGUACACAGCUGGAAGUCCAGAACAAGGAUUUCGGCGCUGUUUCGCAGACGGAGUUAACCAGAGUUUAAUUUCGUCUGCGCGCAGGCUAGCGGGGGGGGGGGAAACGUCUGUAGAUUUCGCACCUUUGCGGAAAUAUACCAUCGCUCGCUUAAGACGAAUCACUUUCAAAUUUGGUAGUUUUACAAAUUUUAAGGUACUUUUUCCAGUGUUGCUAACGGAUUUUUCCUAACUGGUCCAUGUCAAAAGUUGAAGGGUCUAUUGCCCAACUGCACUGAAAUGGCGUACUUUGUAUUCAAGACCUUGAUAUUUGUGAAAUACCCUUUUGACUCCGAAAUGUAGUGCUUACUAGGGAAUCAGAAUUGACCGGCCAGACCAACCCAUUCGUAAAGGGAAGUUCAAUAUUAAUCGGGACUAUCCAGCCAAAUUAAUCUAUACCUUCAAAGCUCGAAUUAGCGCCCCUUUCAGGCUAAAAAUAUAUUUUUUUGAAAAACCUUCGAAUAAGCGCCACAUCCUUAUAUUACAUAGUUCAUGGUGAUUUUGAAGACCCAUACGCUUCCCCCUCCACCCCGUGAUACAAGUGGUUGCAACCUCACUCGAGAUUCUGCUCUCAGAGUUUAAGAUUUAAUAGGUAUAUAAUUUUUUGUUGUUUUUAGGUUUUCGAAGCGGGUGAUCGUCAGAAUUUUUCCCAUGAUCUCUAAAGUGCAGGUUGUAAAAAGUUCAUUCGAUAACCAUCCAACAGUUCGCUAUUUGCAAAGAAAACUUAACAUGGAGAGCUUCAGAUACAACAAGCUUUCUGAGUGCGACGACGAAUGGGAUGAACACAGAGAAAGCCAGCCUCAACAGGGGAGGGGAAUUCGUGCCAAAAACGUUACAUUGAUUGGGAGAGGUUUUAGCUACAGCAACAUCCCUAAUUGUGAGGAAAAUUCCAAACCUAAUGCAGCGACCACAACGCCCGUUCAAACUACGACAAAACCGGAUCAACAACCAACGUCAGCUAUGAAACAUGCCCAACAAGAUAAAAAACGCAAAGAGGCAACCGUUCAAAGCAGUGGACCUUUUCAGAACUGCAGUAAACUCUCUUUCGAUGAAAAUUCAAAUAGCUCUGUUCUUACAGUAACGGGAAAAAAACGAGAUCAACAAAGUGCCUUGGAAAUCGCUCAUCGUCCGCUUUGUCAGAUGCCAAGCUGGAACGAUAACCGGGAAGCGAAAGAAAAGCUUGGGGUACGCCGCAGUGCUGUUUGCGACAACAUUGAAAGACAGUUGCUAAACAAUAAAGGCAUUAGCUUGCGGAAACUGCGGAAAUUUUUGGUCGUGGAUAACAUUUUGCACGAGGUGAACUUACUGUAA